GGCUGGGGGCCUUACCCGCUGCGGUGUUGCCGGCGCUCCCUAACGGGCUUGCGGAGACGUCGGUGCCCGUCGAGCCAUGGCAGCGGCAGCCCUCCGGCCUUGGUGCCUCCAGUUGAGGCUGUUGCUGCUGCCGCUGCUGCUGCUUUUGCUUCGGACGGAUCCUGUGCGGCCCGACAAUAAGGUGUUUGGCAACCUGGACCAGGUACGGAUAACCUCAGAGGGCUCUGACUGCCGCUGCAAAUGCAUCAUGAGACCACUGAGCAAGGAUGCAUGCAGCCGGGUACGCAGUGGGCGUGGCCGAGUAGAGGACUUCUACUCUGUGGAGACACUAAGUUCAGGGACCGACUGCCGCUGUUCUUGCACUGCUCCACCUUCCUCACUCAACCCCUGUGAGAAUGAGUGGAAGUUGGAAAAUCUCCAAAAGCAGGCACCUAAACUACUCAAGCUGCAGUCUAUGGUGGAUCUCCUGGAGGGUGCUCUAUACAGCAUGGAUCUGAUGAAGGUGCAUGCCUACAUCCACAAGGUGGCCUCCCAGAUGAACACGCUGGAGGAGAGCAUCAAGGCCAUCCUGAGCCAGGAGAAUGAGAUGGUGAAAGACAGCAUAUGUCACCUCAAUGAGCAGCUGAAGAGCUAUGAGAACCAGUCAGCCAUCAUGAUGAGCAUUAAGAAGGAACUGUCCAGCCUGGGCCUCCAGUUGCUGCAGAGGGAUGCCACCGCCUCAAACCCUGACAGCAAAGCUCAGGACACAGCUGAAGGGCAAGGCAAAGACCUCAACAAAUAUGGCAGCAGGCAAAAGAGCUUCUCAGACAAGGGCCUUGCAAAGCCUCCCAAGGAGAAGCUGCUGAAAGUGGAGAAGCUGAGGAAGGAGAACAUCAAGGGCAAAAUACCCCACCCCUCAGCCAGGCCACGUGCCCUGGCCCAGCAGCAGGCAGUGAUCCGAGGCUUCACCUACUACAAGGCAGACAGGCAAGAGACCAAACAAGAAGCACCCCAGGCCACGGCUGACAACACUCUCAGGGGCACUUCCUGGCUAGAGAAACUGCCACCCAAGAUCGAGGCCAAACUUCCAGAGAAACUGUCACCCAAGAUGGAGGCCAAGCUUCUGGAGCCGAACUCUGCCAAACGUGAUGGAUUCAUGCUGCAGGCUUCAGAAGGAGCCAUCUUGACCCCUGACAUCUCCACUUUCACCCCAACUCCUGUCAGCACUCCCUGGCCCACUGAGCCAUCUUUGUAUCCAGAAGGCCCCAGCCAAGGUAGGGAAGGCAGCUGUGAGGGCACCCUCCGAGCCGUGGACCCCCCUGUGAAGCACCACAGUUAUGGGCGCCAUGAAGGGGCCUGGAUGAAGGACCCUGCAGCUCUUGAUGACAGAAUCUAUGUCACCAACUACUACUAUGGAAACAAUCUGGUGGAGUUUCGAAACCUGGAAAAUUUCAAACAAGGUCGAUGGAGUAACAUGUACAAGCUACCCUACAACUGGAUAGGCACAGGCCAUGUGGUGUACCAGGGUGCCUUCUACUACAACCGUGCCUUCACCAAGAACAUCAUCAAAUAUAACCUGCACCAGCGCUUUGUGGCCUCCUGGGCACUGCUGCCUGAUGUGGUCUACGAAGACACCACACCCUGGAAGUGGCGUGGCCACUCGGACAUUGAUUUUGCUGUAGAUGAGAGUGGUCUGUGGGUCAUCUACCCAGCUGUGGAUGAACAAGAUGAAGCCCAGCCUGAGGUGAUUGUGUUGAGCCGCCUGGACCCCGGAGACCUCUCUGUGCACCAAGAGACCACAUGGAAGACACGGCUGAGGAGGAACUCCUAUGGGAACUGCUUCCUAGUGUGUGGCAUCCUGUAUGCUGUGGAUACUUACAACCAGUACGAAAGCCAGGUGGCGUAUGCCUUCGACACCCACACAGGCACUGAUGCUCACCUACAGUUGCCCUUCCUCAAUGAGUAUUCCUAUACUACUCAGGUUGACUACAACCCCAAGGAGCGGGUGCUCUAUGCCUGGGACAAUGGCCACCAGCUCACCUACACCCUCUACUUUGUGGUCUGAAUGGGGACCUAUGUUCACAGGGGAGGGCAGCAGAGGAGUAGGGGCUGCUCCAAGCCACUCCUGCAGCUGAUAUCAAUAUCAACUGAGGGUGUCCUGGGCUAGGUAUUGGCUUUGAUGGCAGCGAAGGCAGUACUUCUGUAGCACACAGCAGGUGACACUAGCUUCCAUUUUGACUCUUUCCCCUGCUUCCCAGGGAGGCAGAGAUCCUUAAGCCCAUUGAGCAGAGGAGGUGACUGAAGCCCAGAGGGGCAGCAUUCCAGUUGCAGUAGGGCAGGCUAUGUUCUCACAAUAGCCACACUUUAUAGAUGAGGUGACCUCGCCUAGUUCUUCCCAUCUCCAGGAUCCUUCCCAGGACUCUGCAGAGGUCUUUGGGAACCUAUGCACUGAAGUUCUGCAGCUCCACUCACUCUUCUGGUUGAAUGCCCAUGACUUUGAGCCCAGAACUGCCUGUGGUCAGCCCCUGGGCUCUCUACUGUCUGACUACAUUCCAGAAGUUCACCAUCAGAGCCACAGAGCAACACCACACCCUGAAGUAAGCACUGGCUGGGUCCAUGCCAGUCCCUCUGUGGCUACUUCUUAUCUUCCUGUUCCUUGCACAUUUCUCAACAGAUGAGAAGGUAUAGGUAUCUCUGGCAGAAGAGGCUGCUGGUCUGAGCCCCCUCUCAACUCCUGUACCACCCACGAGGCCUUGGCUCCUUCCUAUCCAUUCCCUCGAACCUGGAGUCCUUUAUGGGCCUCAAAGCUAGUCUUCCCACACUCAGGGGAUGCUAGGAAUAAGGCCUUUGUCCCUGGAGAGGGUGGCCCCAAGAUGGAUCAGGGUCCCUCUUCCUUGUCGAUCCUGAUCUGGUCAUUUGGUGGGCUGGUCCAGCAGCCUGGGAAUCUGGGGAAGACAGAACAGAGGGGUUCAAAAGAGACCUUGGGCCUUCUCAGGUUGCAGGACAAAGCCAGGAGGUGGUUUCAGCACCAGGAUUUUCUUUGAGAUAGGACUUGGGAUUGUGGACAUACUAGUGAACAUGUACAAUGGGACUGGCAAUUGUCCUGGUGCUGCUUGUGGCUCACAGCACCUACAUGUAGACACAGACAGCCCUGAGAACACAACCUUUCAAGCCAGCCUAUGGCUGCUCUGGACAUUCUUUUUAAAGCUGUAGAGAAGUUCUUUUGCCCAUCUCCUCUUUUUAACCAAAGAAAAUAUAGGUCCCAACAGUUCUAAGAUAUGGAGUGGAGUCAUAUAGGGCAGGACAUAGCUGAUCUCAUUUGGAAAAACCCUAUUCCCUCCCACCUCAGAGACAGCUCUGCCUGCAAAGAUAACAGACCCCCACAGCACCUUUGAAGGUGUCUACCACUGGACGCUGGACCCUUCCUUGCACGCUGUGCCUGCUCCUAGGCAAUCUGCAGUGGAUACCAGCUGCCCCAUUAUGAAAUCCCACAGUGCAGCAUUGGGUAGGGAGAUUCAGGUUCUGUGCAGACUUCAUUUCUUCCAGACAUUGUUGGGUGAUGUUUUGCUUAAGGAAUAACUCACCCUUGAAAUAAAGAGGGACAGUGACACCCAGCCCAGCCAGGUCUGACUCAGUAGUAGCCACAUCCAGCUCCCCCACCCAAUUGACCACCACAGACUCUCCUUCCAGCCUCUUCAGAGGAUUUGGAACCCCCUUGUGCCACUGCCUGUGUACACCCUGACCUUUCCCUUGGCCCUGGGUGUUUUUUUUUUUUUUUUCCAAGACUUUGUUUUGUGAUGUCAUAGCCCAACCAUGUGAGAGGUGCUCAGGCAGCUUGCAGCAGACUGAGGAAAGAGAACACUAGACCACAUUGGUUUGAAGAGUAAACAUGUAGCAUAGUUUCCAGGGGUGGGACACAGGGCCUACCAUAGAGCCCAGUCAUUCUUAGGUCCCUUCUGUUUUCAGGUCUUUGUGUGUUGUGUGGCGAAUAUAGUUCAUUUCCUCAUCUAUAGAUAGUCACACUGGAUCCCAGGUGAGCCACUUGUCACAUAGGCUGGUAAUGGAAGAGCCAGGUUUCCACAUCAGGUAACCUGUCACUGUUAUCUGAGAACCAUCAGUAUGCUGGACAUACUGUGGAAAGAAAGGGCCCAUGGACAGGUGAACACAAUGACGUGGAAGAAUUUGCCUAAGGUCACACAGCAGUGUCAUUUGGCAGAGCUGGGGGUUCAAGGCUGCUCAGAACAUGUUGUUUAUCAUCUUCAUGCCGUGUUGGUAGCAAGCUCCAGGAGUGCUGGCAGUUGCAGUUAGUCAAGAUGGCCAUGGGAAAAGCCCCCCAAAAGGCCAGCUUGUGCAGAGCUUUGAAUGGCAAGCCAAGGCGUGGACACAUCUAGCCAUGUCUAGAACAAAACAGUAUAGACUAACAGAGCCCAGAAAAUUCUGACAUGGGUUCUAAUUGGAUUUUGUCCUAUUGGUGAUGAAAAGCAGCUGAGGAGCCUGAAUCUGCCAGUUUGUGAGCUCUAGAGGAAAUCUGGCUCCCACUAACACACACCACACACACACACACACACACACACACACACACAC